UCUUGGUAUACAGUGGAACAGGACGCAGGUGGACAGUAUAGUGAUAAGAACACGCCCACUGGCCUAUGACACAGAGGUCGCUUGUCCAAUUAUCCCCAUGAAAGACUGGUGGAGUACUACCUACCUGGAGGUGGUAGCGGACCGUAGACCAGGCGCCCUUGUACACUAUCGCUGUAUUGGUGAUAACAUGCUGGAGGGGCAGCCUGACGGAGAACUGACCAAAAGUGGAGUGGUAGAAUGCCUCGAGGGUGACCCCAUUCAAGGAGGGUCACCAAGAUGGAAUUAUACACUUACUCUGCCUUGUAAACCUAACUGCCCACUUGGCUUUGUGCUGAAUAAUGACAGUACAACCUGCUUCAGUUUCUCUGACUCACCGACUGAAUUCGGUCUUGCUGGAGCUGCCCAGAAGUGUGGUCAGGUAGGAGCGUCUCUGGCCGUGUUGAGAGAGCCAUCUGACCUCGCCUUUGCCCUUCAAGGUAACUUCUACUAUACAGCGCACACCAGGCGAGGUAACACCACUGUGAUCCCUAAGCUGCCUGACACCAUCACCUGCAACACUGACUGUGACGUGAGGGACGAGGCUGAGUGUGUGACUGUGGGGAAAAAUAUCUUGUUCAGAGCUCAGGACUGUGAAGACCCGACCACCCAUUACAUGUGUAUGGUGCCACAGUGGUGCCCCGAGGACUACAGACGCCACAAGGGCUUCUGCUACAGGUUGGUGAAUCACGUCAAUAACUUCACCGAGGCUCUGGCCCUGUGUGAGAACGAUGGGGCAGCUCUGACUUAUCCUGAGACCUUGGACGCCUUGAUGUUCCUCACUAAUAUGAUCAUGGAGGAAGUCAUCGACGUCAACACCAAUCAAAAGACGGCUAUGAUUGGUCUAAAUGACGCGACUGGUGAGUGGACACGCGGGGGCCUUUAUGCUCCUGACGCAGAGGUGCUCCAGAUAGCGGACACAUCCCCUCCUGACACACACUGGAGGCUCCUCACCGUCGACGUCUCCACUAGCAGCUACAACCUCACCCCCGCUACUCUCGCUGGGGGAGGAGCCACCUGGGCCAUCUGUCAGCUACAUGGUCCUCUGGGUGAGUGUCUGUCUGUCAAACUCACUCCUUAA